AUGGCGACGCUGAACGUCCUUGCCUUUGAGCCUGACGGUUGCCCCAUAGAAUUCUCCACCUGGCUUGACGAUUUGCAGCUGUCCCUUAUGACCGAUGCCAAAGAUGGCGUUUCCCUUUACGAUCACGCCACUGGCACUGCCGCUGCUCCUGCUGACAGUGCUCCUGCUCUUGACCGCUCACAGUGGCAGACUCGCGAUGCUGCUGCACGCCUCGUUAUCCGCAACCACCUACCAAUCAUUGAGCGCGCGCAUUUUAGUCAGCACAAGAGUGCUAAGACCCUGUACGACGCUGUAGUUGCACGCUACUCCUCCCCAGCCACUGCCGCUGUAGGACGUCUCAUCCUGCCCUACCUGUUCCCCGACCUGUCCUCCUUUCCCACUGCUGAGGACCUCAUCUCUCACCUCCGCGCUAGUGACGCUCGCUUUCGAGCCGCUCUUAAGGCCGAGUUCCUUGCCGCCAACCCUCCUCCGCUCUACUGGACCCUCUAUCUCCUCGUCACCCGCCUCCCUGACACCCUUAGCGUAGUCAGGGACCAUUUUCUCGCCAUGGAUCCCACCGAGAUCACUCUAGCAGACUUCGAGCAGCAGCUUCUCGCAGCAGGGAAGAAUAUCCUAGCCGUCGGUGCCGCUAGAGGUACUCCCCGCACUCCCCUCUUUGAGGGGUGCUCCCCCUCCCCCCUUACCCCCUCCUACACCUCAGCUGCUACUGCCGUUGACCUCUCUAGCACUAAGCAGGUCGCAGCAGCCUCCGCCCCUAGUGGGAAGCGUGGCGGUGGCAGGAGCGGCAAGGAUGGCAAGGGUGGUGGAGGCGGGGGUGGAAGGAGCGGUGGUGGAGGCAGGAGGUGGUCGCGGGGGUGGAGGUGGUGGGUGGGGUGGCAGUGGGGCCGGGAGUGGUGGAGGCGGUAG